AAAGACAAAAAAAUACAAAAAAAAACAAAAAAUAACAGACAUAAAAAAAUAAAUAGCUAGAAGGAGACUUGGAAGCUCCAUAGUCAUCCUCAAGCUUUAACUCCCAGCAGCCAUGGCAGAGGCGCUGCUCUUGACAAGGCAUAAGAUCGGAUCCUUAAUAGCUUCAACAAGAGGAUUUCGAGACAUUUCCACAACAGGCACUCUAAAUCUCACGAAUGCCAUGAAAAUGAAACCCAGUAAAAACUUGUUCAAAAUAGCUCGAACAACUAUGGGACGGACGACACUCACGACUACCCCGCUCGUGGCUAGAGUUUUUGUUAGAUUUCCAAGAAGUUGGUUGAAACAACUAUCAGUUCUUUGGCUGCCAAGGUCAUCAAAAUGAUCAUCCAACACUUCACCAGGUCCUCCAUGUAUAGCUGCAGCAGAUGCAUUUUUACCUUUUGUGAACUUGAAAUUUUGUGAAAAGCCAUGAAGCCUGUAACAAUUGUCCUUGGUGUUUCCUGGCUUUUUGUAUUUGUCACAAAACACUCGAAUACCUGAAGAACUACCUCUAUGGAACUGCUGAUUGGACCUAUUUCCUGGUCUUGGUGUGGCAUUAUUGUUAUACUGGUUGUAGGUUGUUCUAAACUGAGAACUUCCAUGUGCACUCAAAGCUGAACUAUGUGUGGUUAAUUGGUUGGAUGGCCUCACCUCCCGUUGCUUUUCUUCCUGAAUCAGAAUGGAAAAACCUUGUGCAAUUGUAGGAAGAGGAUUCAUCAUCAGUAUACUUUCACGCACCACUGUGUACACUUCAUUCAAUCCCAUUAAAAAUUGAACGAGCCUCCUAUCUUGUUCAGCUUUGUGCAUAGUAGUUUUGGCACCACAAACGCAUACACAAUUACAUUGAUUAUUAUUAUUUAAUGUGUCAUAUUCUUUCCACAGUCGCUUCAUCUUAGUGUAGUAAGUAGUAAUAUCCAUGGAUCCCUGAGUUAGGUCACUAAUCUCCUUUUGAACUUGAUACAAUUUAUCAC